GCGUUCGAAUUGUGGCAUAUAUCUGUGGUGUUUAUCGUAAAUGAUUUCGAAGUCUUUACUAAUCAAAAAUUUCUUUACCGGUGAAUGACACGUGUUCCUACAUAUGUGAUCGUUUCUAGCGAAAAACAACACAGUAGUCUCAGUUGUUUUCUUUGAAAUUGUGCACAAGAUCAAAUGUUCGAACACAUGCUACAUUAUAAUCGGUCUUUUCGGUGAGACGGCAUUUGAUUUGACGUGAAUCAUCAGUAUGAUUACAAGAAACAUGAGACUAUAUUUGAAGCCAAUUUUGUGUUUUUUAAUGUUAUUGGUGUACUGUUUUGAUUACGUUACUGGAAUAGGGGGUGUUAUCUAUGCUAUAAAUGCAGGAGGUGAAGCUCACACGGACAGUUUCGGAGUGAGGUACGAGAAAGACCCUUUACAUGGAAAAGUGGGGACAGCAUCCGAUUAUGGAAAACGGCUUUUAAUCGGUCGUGCUCCUGCGAAUGACCAUAUAUUAUAUCAGACAGAAAGAUAUCAUCAUAGCACAUUUGGAUAUGACAUUCCAAUUAACGAAGAUGGUGAUUAUGUUAUGAUUUUGAAAUUCUGUGAGGUAUACUUCAAUGCUCCAAACAUGAAGGUGUUUGAUGUGGUAUUAAAUGGUGAUCAUACAGUAGUUCCAGACUUGGAUAUUUAUGACCGAGUGGGGAAUGGUAAUGCUCAUGAUGAGUACAUUCCCUUCACUGUUAAUAAUGGUCGACUGUACUAUAAUGAAGAAGAGUCAGACAUCAGAGGUGGAAAAAUCAGGGUUGAAUUUAUUAAGGGUUACAGAGAUAAUCCCAAGGUCAAUGCCAUCUGUGUCAUAAAAGGAUUACUUGAAGAUGUCCCAAAAUUGCCUCCUAUACCCAGUGAAGCUGAGCCUGAAGAAUAUCGGGAUGAAGUAGAAGAUAAAAAGUCUGCAAAGAACCGGCGACCUAGUGGGCCACGAACUCCAGAUCCAUAUUCUAUCGAUGACUCAUCAGUUAUGCUGCCUGUCUUUGUUGCCAUAGGAGCUUUCAUACCACUGCUGUUCUGUUUGUGCAAGCUCUGAUUGUAACUAAUUCUCUUGAUGCAGAGUGAGGUGAAAAAUUGUAGUAGAGAGAUUAAUGCAAGAAAUGUUCACAAGAGGCCUAAUCAUUGCAGUAGAAAGUGGAAUUUGACAUUUAUUCCAUCUUCUACCAAAUGUUCCUUCAUUUUGUGUUGGUCACAUCUUCAGUUACUAGAUUAUUUACUGUUUGUAGCAGAACUCAGAAUUCAUUGAACUUCUAUUUUCCAUUACUUUAAUAUGUAAUUUUCUUUCCUAUCUUCUAACUUACUUUCCUCAUUUUUCUUUUUGUUCCUUUUCCUCAUUUUUCUCUUUCUUCCUUUUCCUCCAAUUCUCUUAGUUUUUUCUUUCUUCUCAAGGAUAUAGAACAGUCUCUUACUACUGGUGCAUAUCUUUGUGUUUAGAAAGUUUGCUCAGAAAUUUGAUAAAUACACUACUUUUUUGAUCCCUGAAUUACAGGAAGUAAUGGUGUGUAUUAUGUAUUGGUUCUUGUGGGGAAGUUAUAGGGAUGUUUUAUGAUAUGAUGUGAAUGCUGCUUAGAAAACAUUGAGUUUCUCCAUAAAAACCGAGCAUUUACAGCAAAUCUAGCAGCCCUCACUAUUAUUGAGAUUUAUUAUCCUGAAUUUGACAGGCGUACACCGAUAAUGUUACUUCUUUUCUUGCACAUUUUCUGUGAGUGUGGAAACUUUACAGAAAAUUGUCUGUACUGGACAUAGACAGAAGGUAUCAUUAUCAGUAUUUGCUGUCACAUCAUCAGUUGUUGUUUUGUGAAUAGUACAGCUUUCAUGUUGAACAUUUUGUCCAAGUUUGGUUUCUGUAUUGCAUGUAGUUGGGUACAUCUGUAAAAGAAUACAAGAACUUCAACUGAUAUCAUCAGUAAUAAUAUUCUUUCGUAAUGUACGUACUGUUUUACGUAGGUAUAAUAGACAUGGGAUGAAUUGCCAUGAACUUGGUUUACAAAAAAUUGCAUAGCACCAGCGUAUUUGCUUCUUUUAACUCAGCUCUGACAUGACAGGCUGUGAUAACAUUUUAUACAAGGCAUAUACACAGAAACUUAGAUCAUAGUGGUAGUUCUGGUGUUGUCUCGGCUCUGAAAAUAUCGUUUGAAUAUGCUGAAAUAUAGUAUAGUUAAGCUACUAUAAAACUUGUCAAUCAAAUUCAGUUUUUAGGUGUAUCUUUGUCUCACAUUUUUGAGUGCACAAAUAUGAAUAUGCACAUGUGUCAUGCGGUACCAACUCUCUUGUGCAGUGAACUGAGCAGUAUUUUGUGAAACCACAGGACAAUAAUAAUGAUGUUAUGGGUUGGGACACCAUGUAGACCAACAUUUCAGAGAAAUGUACCAUCUUCAUAUUCAGUUUUCUGUCAGUUGUGGAGACAUGGGCACUUAUUCCAUGUGAUGGACAGUUUCUGCAUCUUGCACCACAGUUCCUGGACAUCAGCAUUGAAGCCCUCAAGCUCUGACUCAUCUUCCUUAAGCAUUUUGACCCAUCCAGGCUUUACAACACUGAGUGCAUCUCAUCACUGAAUAGAUAAUUCAUAUCUGUAAUAUUGGGUUGCUAGUGCCUCCUAUUGGCUCUCCGGUCCGUAUUCGGUCCAUGGCCUCCUCAAUUCUCCUCUUCCAUUCGGCCCUCUGUUAGGUCCGUCUGUCCGAGGCUUUGAUUGAGGUUUCGAAACAUCUUCCUUCUUUACGGUGCAGGGUUGUUAGCAUCUUUCAUUAUAGUGGGCUCCUCCCAUAAGCCCAUGUUUAUCUAGUGCAACUGACCUCGUGAAAGGUCAGUAUUUUUCAGUGUGUAUCAGACAAAGGGCAUUUCAAGUAAGAUUGCCCAGAAAAUGUUCUGCCAGUUACUGUGAGUGUUUUAUUUUUGAGGUUAAAUUUCAAGAGUCAUUUUCAAGAUGGAGAUGAUAUGUUUCUCUGAAACACUGGUAUCUGCCUGUGAGUCUGUGUAGUGUCACAACCCAGAUGAACAUAUCUUCACCACUGUGACAACCUCAAACCUUACAUUUCUUUUGCUGUUAUUACAUCUGGCAUUAGUAUUUUGUCUCAGCUGUGUAACGUCACGGAAGUACUUGUCAAAGUACUUUAAUCCUUUGAAUUCCAUUAUUUUAACACAUAAUAUACUACCAGAUUUCAUUUUGUUUGUUUUAGUAAUGUCUUGUUUAGUCCAGCAUUGGACUUAGACAUUAUUUUCUGAUAAAUGGAGUGUGUUCAACAAAGUACUGUCUUUGAGAUCCAUUUAUUUGAACACAUGCACGCCAUAAGGUCCAGUUUUAAUUUUAAAAUUAUUGGACUGGGACAUUACUUCUUGAAUAUUGGGUUGAAUCCAGCAGAGGCUGUAAAGGAUCAGUACUGUUUUUUGUAGGUUAUAUAUGUGUUGCACAGUAUUUUAGAGUUUUAGAAACUUGUUUUGUUGUUCUGUUGUUAUUUUAUGAGAUGUUAGUACUGUUAAAUGUUAUUUGCACCAUGACCAUAAAAAAUUAGGAAAUUUUGUCUGCUGUUAGGGAAAUUAGAAUUUAUGGAAACAUGCAACUACAUCAUAAUUUACUGGUACUUAAUUUGUAUUCUACUGUACUUAAAAGUGGGAUGCAUUUUCAAGUUUAUUUAUUAAAACAUUUAUAAUUCUAGUACUUAUGUAAAUGAAAGUAUUUGAGAAGGAACUGUGUGAUUAUUCUCUGUUAAAUUAAAUGGUAUUAAUAUUUUGCUGACUCUCCAGAGCCAGGUAUUAAGACUUAUUACAAUGUAUAUUCACAAAGUUAUACAAAAUGGUGUAUUAGUCAAACAGUAGUUUACAGUGCGUACUAGUUGCAGUAAUAUUUAGUAACAUUUAUUUUUCCUCUUCACUACUUGUGACAGUGUUUAGUGAUGGGUUGGGUUAAAGUUUUUGUAGGCCUUUUUUCCCCCCUUAUCUCUAGUAUGGAGUAUGUAUGUGACAGACACUGUCUCGUGAAAUGCCCCAGUAUUGACUUUGAUGCCAUAGUACAGUGGACAGAGGGAACGUGGAAAGGUUUGUAUAAUCAGGAGCUUUCAUAGGUAAUGUUUUAUCUGUGUUAUAAAGCUGUGAGGUUAUGAAGAAUUAUAUGUGUUACAUGCAUGAGGGAAAACAAAUGGGUACAAAAUUUCGGUUAAAGAAAUUUUGUGAAGAGAUGCCAUACAGAUCAAGGUGUAGAUGGAGGGAUUAUAUUGUAUGAUACUUAGAGGAAAUGGUUUUAGAAUGUGAAGGGUUUUGAAAUGGUUUAUGACUGGGUCCAAUGGCAGAAUGUUUGAUAUGGUAAUGAUCUUUUGAUUUUUGUCACUGUACAGAAUUUCUUGAACCACUGACUGUCUUCUCAAUGUGACCCUGUAUCAGAAAUUAGUUAUACCUUCAAUUUUUAAAUACUAUAAACUGUCCACUAUUUAUCCUGUAUGUUCAAAUUGCAGGCCAUAUUGUCAUGAGCAUGACAGCAUGUCAGUUUGUUUUGGCCCAUAUCAGGUACAUUCCCUGAUCAGGGACUUGCACGUAUUUUAUUAAGUAGCAAUAGUUUAUUAGUUAAAUAUGCAGCUUGCUUAGUUUAAUUUAUAAAGCUUUUGAGUAUAUUGAAGUUGUAUUAUUGUACAUGUGUUCUGGGGCUAAUGCUCAUCUUACUGUACAGUUUUCAUUUUUCAGCAUAAAAUGCCCCCAAUAAUUAUUAUUAUUAUAAAUACUGUAUUUCACUGUAUGAUUCAUGCACAUCUUUUUGCCAAAAUUUAAUCAAGUGAUCAUUGUUUUAUGAAAAUGGUUUGUCAUGGAAAAUCAUUGUCUGUAAACAUUCAGAAAACUUGGUAGGCUCUGAGUGGAGUUAAUUGGUAGCAAAAGACACAUUAUUUUGUUUAAACCCUUGAUCUAUGUAAACUUCAUUACAUUCCAUAACAAAAUUUGUUUAAACUCUACAGAUUUUAAAUUUUGAACAAAAUAACACCAGUCAUUUUCACACUCUGUGAUAUCAUGUAUUGGGCCUGCCAAUAAUGACUUCUUUUGUCAUAGUUUAGUGUGUUACGGUCACAUGGCUGCAAGGUCAUUCUGUAGAACACAUAAUAGCAGACAGCACAAAAUGAUUCCUGUUGAAAUGUUCCAAAAAUUAAGUCUUCCCAGUCAAUCCUUUUGCUGACUUAUUACAUGUUUAUACCUGUGGCUAAAUCUUUCAGACUCAGGUGAAGAAACUUUUCAUUGUUUUUGUCUUUGUAAGAAUAGGAUGUGUGAUACAUAAAGAAAUUUAGUUUGUUCUUAAUUUUUACAGAGAUAAGUGAGAGUAAAGAAGACAUUGAAAUACAGUAACUUGUUUUAUUGACAAUUAUAUUUUUAUUCUGGAACAUGCAGUGUCUUGUGUUCUGGUAUUUCACUUUUACAGUGUUUCCCAAACUGUUCUAACCAGCUAUUCUUUUGAACAAAAUUAAUUUCUGUGAAGAUCUUGCUCUUACAUAAUGAUAAGUACAUUCACUACUCAAGGACAAUAAUCUGAUCCUUUGUAGUGCCAUCAGUGAGCGUGCUACAAAGGACCAGUUUUGUUACGCAGCAACCCUGAGGAUGAGAGCAGAGAUUGCUCUUGAAACGGCAGAAGAUAUUGUUUAUUCACCAUUCAGCCACCUGAUGCGGCUUGUAACCCGAGAGUCUUUCAUCAACUUUAAUUGCCGCGAAAGCUUCACUUUAUACAAAUAAUUGUAUAAUUGAUGUCAGAAUAAUAAAGUAUAUAGGAUAUCCACUGUGCAUAGAUCCUCUAAGGCUCAGAGGAUAUUGAUUGUACUUGGUAUAUCAGAAUUUUAUUGGGAUAUCUUUUUGAUUAGAUGUGACUGUUAGCAGCAGAAUACAGGUGGGAGAUAGUUUAGAAAAGGGGAAAGUUCUCAAUAUCAGUGUUGGAAAUGGUUUUGCCACUGUGAGUAUUCAUUUUUUCUUUUUCAACUUUUAUAUAUUUCCAGAGAUUAUAUGUCUAAAUGAAGGUACAGGUAAGUCUAGAAUUUUGGUUGUCAAUAAAAAUUAGCCAGUGAGCAAAAUUAUUUACUGUGAAAAGAUUUUUCAUGUUGGCAUAUCUUCCAUCCUUCUCAGUUUGGGAAAUGCUAAGGUAACAGACCACUGGUGUUAUGCACGAUCUUUUAAUUUCCAUACAAACUUAAACCUAAGUGUUUGAUUGGAUCAAAAUUAAAUAACGUAGCAUUUCUUUACUAUUUUAGGUGUAAUAUGUUAUAAAUAUUAUAUCUCUUAUAAAAUGUAAAUGUGUUUAUGCCAAGAACUUUAAUAUCAGCUAAAAGUUGGGUCAUGUUUUCAGAUUGCUAGAAAUUCUGAAUGUGAUAAGUGAGCACUAUUGUAAAGUGGCUUUAUUCCAUACUUGUGUGUUUUAUGUUUCUGUUGUUUAACCAUACUUGUAUUUUAUUAAUGCACAAUAUUGUUUUGUUUAUGUAUGUACAUUUUAUUCAUAAAUUACCUUCCCCUUUAACCUAAUAGCAGUCAGCCUCUUAAGGUAAAAUAUUUGGUUUGCUGCAUGUUGUGACUUCAGAUACAAGUUUUGUCUGUAUUGUGCAAAAUAUGAUUGUCAGUUUAUACAGAUAUUCUUAUGUAGAAGUUCAUGACAUAGUCACACUAGGUAUCAUGCGUGAAUAACACACUGUGACACCAGACAUGUUUAAGCAUAUGUGGACCCCAGAGGUUCAUUACUGCAUUCACAACCAGUCCCUAUCCUGAGCCAGCUGAAUCCAGUCAGCACCGUCCAACCCUAUUUUCCCGAAGACCCAUCCAUUUAUAGACAAAUUAAAUAACAUAGUGAUAUGAUGUAUGUUGUCCAAGGGGUUUAUAUCACAAUGUACCAGGAUGAAACUUUAUAAAUAAAGAAAUAAUGUGCAAGAAAA